ACAACAACUUUGUGCUGGUGCCGGGGAAGUUUGUGUCUCCAACGAAUCCCCUCCGUGCCCCCCAACCCCGCGCGCUCCGGUCAUUCCCGCCGUUUCCGCCCGUGGCUGCCCCCCACCCGCCCCCGCGAUGUGACCCUACAGCCGAACCGCCGCUGCUGCCGAACCGGGGGCUCCGCAGCCCCUGCCGCCGCCGCCUUCGCCGCCGCCGCGUUGGGAUUUUUCGUCGCUGCCGCCCGCGGCGGAGGAGGAGGCGGCGAUAAAGUUGGUGUGCCGGUCCUGCGCGGAGACUGGGGGCGUCGUUGCGGGCCCCGGCCCGGGGGGGCGGGUGUCGGCAUUGGAGUUGUGAAUUCGCUGCGUUUCCAUGAAAUCCUGCGGAGUGUCGCUCGCCGCCGCCGCCGCCGCCGCCGCCGCCGCCGCCGCCGCCGCCGCCGCCGCCGCCGCCGCCGCCGCCGCCGCCGCCGCCGCCGCCGCCGCCGCUUUCGGUGAUGAGGAAAAGAAAAUGGCGGCGGGAAAAGCGAGCGGCGAGAGCGAGGAGGCGUCCCCCAGCCUGACAGCCGAAGAGAGGGAGGCGCUCGGCGGACUGGACAGCCGCUUCUUCGGGUUCGUGAGGUUUCAUGAAGAUGGCGCCAGGACGAAGGCCCUACUGGGCAAGGCUGUUCGCUGCUACGAAUCUCUAAUCUUAAAAGCUGAAGGAAAAGUGGAGUCUGAUUUCUUUUGUCAAUUAGGUCACUUCAACCUCUUAUUGGAAGAUUAUCCAAAAGCAUUAUCUGCAUACCAGAGGUACUACAGUUUACAGUCUGACUACUGGAAGAAUGCUGCCUUUUUAUAUGGUCUUGGUUUGGUCUACUUCCAUUACAAUGCAUUUCAAUGGGCAAUUAAAGCAUUUCAGGAGGUGCUUUAUGUUGAUCCCAGCUUUUGUCGAGCCAAGGAAAUUCAUUUACGACUUGGGCUUAUGUUCAAAGUGAACACAGACUAUGAGUCUAGUUUAAAGCAUUUUCAGUUAGCUUUGGUUGACUGUAAUCCCUGCACUUUGUCCAAUGCGGAAAUUCAAUUUCACAUUGCCCACUUAUAUGAAACCCAGAGGAAGUAUCAUUCUGCAAAGGAAGCUUAUGAACAACUUUUGCAAACAGAAAACCUUUCUGCACAAGUAAAAGCAACUGUCUUACAACAGUUAGGUUGGAUGCAUCACACUGUGGAUCUCCUAGGAGAUAAAGCCACCAAGGAAAGCUAUGCUAUUCAGUAUCUCCAAAAGUCAUUGGAAGCAGAUCCCAAUUCUGGCCAAUCCUGGUAUUUUCUCGGAAGGUGCUAUUCAAGUAUUGGGAAAGUUCAGGAUGCCUUUAUAUCUUACAGGCAGUCUAUUGAUAAAUCAGAAGCAAGUGCAGAUACAUGGUGUUCAAUAGGUGUGCUCUAUCAGCAGCAAAAUCAGCCUAUGGAUGCUUUACAGGCUUAUAUUUGUGCUGUACAAUUGGACCAUGGCCAUGCUGCAGCCUGGAUGGACCUAGGCACUCUGUAUGAAUCCUGCAACCAGCCUCAGGAUGCCAUUAAAUGCUACUUAAAUGCAACUAGAAGCAAAAGUUGUAGUAAUACCUCUGCACUUGCAGCACGAAUUAAGUAUUUACAGGCUCAGUUGUGUAACCUUCCACAAGGUAGUCUACAGAAUAAAACUAAAUUACUUCCUAGUAUUGAGGAGGCGUGGAGCCUACCAAUCCCCGCAGAGCUUACCUCCAGGCAGGGUGCCAUGAACACAGCACAGCAGGCAUGUAAACCUCAUCAUCCAAAUACUGAACCUGUAUUAGGCCUCAGUCAAACACCAAUUUCACAGCAGUCCUUGCCACUACACAUGAUUCCUUCUAGCCAAGUAGAUGACCUGUGCAGUCCUGCCAAGAGGAAAAGAACAUCUAGUCCAACAAAGAAUACUUCUGAUAAUUGGAGUAGUGGCCAUGCUGUGUCACAUCCUCCAGUACAGCAACAAGCUCAUUCAUGGUGUUUGACACCACAGAAAUUACAGCACUUGGAACAGCUCCGUGCAAAUAGAAAUAAUUUAAAUCCAGCACAGAAACUGAUGCUGGAACAGCUGGAAAGUCAGUUUGUCUUAAUGCAGCAACACCAAAUGAGACAAACAGGAGGUGCACAGGUACGAUCUACUGGAAUUCCUAAUGGGCCAACAGCUGACUCAUCACUGCCUACAAACUCUGUCUCUGGCCAGCAACCACAGCUUGCUCUGACCAGAGUGCCUAGCGUCUCUCAACCUGGAGUCCGCCCUGCCUGCCCUGGGCAGUCUUUGGCCAAUGGACCCUUUUCUGCAGGCCAUGUUCCCUGUAGCACAUCAAGAACGCUGGGGAGUACAGACACUAUUUUGAUAGGCAAUAAUCACAUAACAGGAAGUGGAAGUAAUGGAAACGUGCCUUACCUGCAGCGAAACGCACUCACUCUACCUCAUAACCGCACAAACCUGACCAGCAGCGCAGAGGAGCCAUGGAAAAACCAACUAUCCAACUCCACUCAGGGGCUUCACAAAGGUCAGAGUUCACAUUUGGCAGGACCUAAUGGUGAACGACUUCUCUCUUCCACUGGGUCUUCCCAGCAUCUCCAGGCAGCUGGCUCUGGUAUUCAGAAUCAGAAUGGACAUCCCACCCUGCCUAACAAUUCAGUAACACAGGGGGCUGCUCUCAAUCACCUCUCCUCUCACACUGCUACCUCAGGUGGACAACAAGGCAUUACUUUAACCAAAGAGAGCAAGCCUUCAGGAAACACAUCAAUGGUGCCUGAAACAAGCAGGCACACUGGAGAGACACCUAACAGCACUGCCAGUGUCGAGGGACUUCCUAAUCAUGUCCAUCAGGUGACGGCAGAUGCUGUUUGCAGUCCUAGCCAUGGAGAUUCUAAGUCACCAGGUUUACUAAGUUCAGACAAUCCUCAGCUCUCUGCCUUGUUGAUGGGAAAAGCCAAUAACAAUGUGGGUACUGGAACCUGUGACAAAGUCAAUAGCAUCCACCCAGCUGUUCAUACAAAGACUGAUAAUUCUGUUGCCUCUUCACCAUCUUCAGCCAUUUCCACAGCAACACCUUCUCCAAAAUCCACUGAGCAGACAACCACAAACAGUGUUACCAGCCUUAACAGCCCUCACAGUGGGCUACACACAAUUAAUGGAGAAGGGAUGGAGGAAUCACAGAGCCCCAUGAAGCCAGAUCUGCUUCUGGUUAGCCACAAACCUAGUCCUCAGAUCAUACCAUCAUUGUCAGUGUCCAUAUACCCUAGCUCAGCAGAAGUUCUGAAGGCAUGCAGGAAUCUGGGUAAAAAUGGCUUGUCUAGCAGUAGCAUUUUGUUGGAUAAGUGUCCACCUCCAAGACCACCAUCUUCACCAUACCCUCCCUUGCCAAAGGACAAGUUGAAUCCACCUACACCUAGUAUUUAUUUGGAAAAUAAACGUGAUGCUUUCUUUCCUCCAUUACAUCAAUUUUGUACAAAUCCAAACAAUCCCGUUACAGUAAUACGUGGCCUUGCUGGAGCUCUUAAAUUAGACCUGGGCCUUUUCUCUACCAAAACUUUGGUAGAAGCUAACAAUGAACAUAUGGUAGAAGUGAGGACACAGUUGUUGCAGCCAGCAGAUGAAAACUGGGAUCCCACUGGAACGAAGAAAAUCUGGCAUUGUGAAAGUAAUAGAUCUCAUACUACAAUUGCUAAGUAUGCACAGUACCAGGCCUCCUCAUUCCAGGAAUCAUUGAGAGAAGAAAAUGAGAAAAGAAGUCACCAUAAAGAUCACUCAGAUAGUGAAUCCACAUCUUCAGAUAAUUCUGGGAGGAGAAGGAAAGGACCCUUUAAAACCAUAAAGUUUGGGACCAACAUUGACCUGUCUGAUGACAAAAAGUGGAAGUUGCAGCUACACGAGCUGACUAAACUUCCUGCUUUUGUGCGAGUCGUAUCAGCAGGAAAUCUUCUAAGCCACGUUGGUCAUACCAUACUGGGCAUGAACACAGUUCAACUAUACAUGAAAGUUCCAGGGAGUAGAACACCAGGUCAUCAAGAAAAUAACAACUUCUGUUCAGUUAACAUAAAUAUUGGUCCGGGUGACUGUGAAUGGUUUGUUGUUCCUGAAGGUUACUGGGGUGUUCUGAAUGACUUCUGUGAAAAAAAUAAUUUGAAUUUCCUAAUGGGUUCUUGGUGGCCCAACCUUGAAGAUCUUUAUGAAGCAAAUGUCCCAGUAUAUAGGUUUAUUCAGCGACCUGGAGAUUUGGUCUGGAUUAAUUCAGGCACUGUACAUUGGGUUCAGGCUAUUGGCUGGUGCAACAACAUUGCUUGGAAUGUUGGUCCACUUACAGCCUGCCAGUAUAAAUUGGCAGUGGAACGGUACGAAUGGAACAAAUUGCAAAGUGUGAAGUCAAUAGUACCCAUGGUUCAUCUUUCCUGGAAUAUGGCACGAAAUAUCAAGGUCUCAGAUCCAAAGCUUUUUGAAAUGAUUAAGUAUUGUCUUCUGAGAACUCUGAAGCAAUGUCAGACACUGAGGGAAGCUCUCAUUGCUGCAGGAAAAGAGAUUAUAUGGCACGGACGGACAAAAGAAGAACCAGCCCAUUACUGUAGCAUAUGUGAAGUGGAAGUUUUUGAUCUGCUUUUUGUCACUAAUGAGAGCAAUUCUCGAAAGACCUACAUAGUACAUUGCCAAGAUUGUGCACGAAAAACAAACGGAAACCUGGAAAAUUUUGUGGUGCUAGAACAGUACAAAAUGGAGGACCUGAUGCAAGUCUAUGACCAAUUUACAUUAGCUCCUCCAUUACCAUCCUCUUCAUCUUGAUAUUGUUCCAUGGACAUUAAAUGAGACUUUUUCUGCUAUUCAGGAAGUAACCCAGUUCUGCACCACUGGUUUUUGUAGCUAUCUCGUAAGGCUGCUGGCUGAAAACUGUGUCUAUGCAACCUUCCAAGUGCGGAGUGUCAACCAAUUGGACAGGGGAGAGCCCUGCUCCUAGUCCAGGACUCUCACAAAGCUGAUCCAGUUGUAUUGCAGAAAAAAAAAAUAAUAAUUUCCAUGUUUUGUAUAUAUCUGACAGAACUGGCAACAUUAUACAGACUACUGACUUGAAGACAACCUCUUUUAUAUUUCUCUAUUUCUGGGCUGAUGAAUUGGUUUUCAUCUAUCUUUUCCCCCUUCAGAAUUUUCCUUGGAAAAAGAUAGUAGCCUAGCUGGUCAUUUCUUUGUAAGGUAAUUAGCAAUUUUAAGUCUUUCUUUGGUCAACUUUUUUUUAAUGUGAAAAGUUAGGUAAGAAACUUUUUUACUGCUUUUAUGUUUUUCUGUCUUGUUUUGAAACCAUGACGGUUACACUUUUGGUUCCUAAAUAAAAUGUUAAAAAUUAACAACCAAGUCACAAAGAUAAUGGAUUGCACAUAGACUAAGGAAUAAACUUCAGAUUUGUGAUUUUUGUUUCUAAUCUUGAUGUAAAUUUACACUAUUUAUAAAUACAUAUUUAUUGCUUGAAAAUAUUUGUGAAUGGAAUGCUGUUAUUUUUUCCAGAUUUACCUGCCAUUGAAAUUUUAAGGAGUUAUGUAAUUUCAAACACUACUCCUAUUACAUUUUCUAUGUGUAAAUAAACGGCUUAGCAUUGUACAGAAACUUUUAUUAAAAUUGUUUAAUGUUUAAA